AUGGGGAGCAGCCCUGGGGAGGGUCAGUCUUCUUAUUUUGACCUAUUCACAUGUGCCUUGUACAUGGCGAUGGUGGACUCGAGGAUGCCCUACGGUCCACUAGACCCCCAGUUGCAGUGCGGCUACCUUGACGGCAAUCCCAGCAUCACCCUCACCAACCUGCUACAACACACCAACCUCAACAUCACAGAGUUCUUCCGGAGGAUGCGAGUGUUGAAAGAGAGGGUAGUUGUCAGCGAGUCCGUCCGGCUACAUCUGCUUAGUCUGGAGAAAAACUACUGUAUUGUGUCCGCUCUCUUCCACACAUUUGAAAAGCUAUGCCGAUCUGUAUUUAGAGAAGACCCCAAAACAGAUGAGGAUUCUAACGAGGAAAAUGUAUAUUUCCGCGAGAAUGUGAUGCCACCAGUGCCUGAAACUGAAGGAGUGUCAUUUAGGAAAAAGCUGUGUUGGACAAUCUUCUUACAUACAAAAAAUCACUUCCUCGUGGACAACCAGGAUCUGAAUCAUGCUGUGUUGUUGCUCAUGUGUUGUUUAGAGUUUGUCCUCGAACAACACCGUCGUUUCUGCUGAAUCCCCCAUAUGAUGUAAUACGCAUUGGUUGUUUAAAAACAACAGAAAGCAGAACAACAAAUAUGUUGUUGAAACUUGCUGAACAAGUCAAAACAAGCAUUGAAGAGGUGCAGCUUAUUCAGCAGAACUGCACGAACCCUUCUUCCACGAACUGCC